AUGAACUUUGGAUGCCGAGGAAAAAUUACCCAAAGGCCAGAACCCACUCAGACAAAGAAGAGCAACGAGACUUGCAAAUUUGAACUAGACGACGGUAUUCUUGAACAUAAAUUUGAGGUUUUGGGGGUGCAAGAUAGAGUUGACAUGGGCGGUGGGGUUGAUUGUGUGCUUGUAUUGGAGGAGGGAGGUGAUAAUGCUGAACAAGAUGAGGGUGUUGAAAGGAGUAAUAGGUUUGAGGUGUUAUUAGAAGGGGAUUGCGAUGAUGUGUUGCAUUCCCAGAAGGAUUAUGGGUCAGACCAGGGAGCUCAAAGAUUGCCAUGGACUUUUGUUUAUGCUAAGUGUGCUCAGAAGGAAUGUAAAGAAUUAUGGGAGCAUUUGUGCAGUAUUUCGAAUGUGGGAGUUCCAUGGGUGGUGUUAGGGGAUUUUAACAUCAUUUGUUCGAAUGAGAAACGUGUUGGUGGGAGGUCGAGGCCGAUUAGCGCUAUGGAGGAUUUCAAUGAGUGUAUUAAUAAUUGUGGGCUUAUUGAUUUCAGGCUAGAUGGGCGUCAACUAUCUUGGUGCAAUGGUCAGCUUGGUAUGGCCAUAAGUUGGGCUAGACUUGAUCGUGUUCUUGUGAAUAAUGUGUUCGUUUCCAAGUUCGGUGAGGCUACAGUACAUCUAUUAUGUCGACGCACUUCGGAUCAUUUGCCGAUACUAUUGCAACUCACUUCGAGUUUUGUGAGGUAUGGACCAGCUCCAUUUCAAUUUCAGAAUAUGUGGGCAUCACAUGUGGAUUUCCUGAAGGUGGUGGCAAAUUCUUGGAAGGAGUCGAUAGUGUGUGGCAGUGGGCUUUUUACUUUGGCUGGCAAGUUGAAAAGGCUAAAAUUUAAAUUGCGUUCUUGGAAUAGAGAAGUUUUUGGAAGAGUAGAUGGGACCAUUCAUGAGUUGGAGGUACACCUUGAAGUUCUAGAGGGUGUGUUGCAUUCGAAUUUCUAUGAGGCUAUAGAGGAGGAGUAUCUGGUGACCAAGAGAAUGAGGAACUUGUGCGUGAAAGAGAUGAAAUUACCGAAUGGCUUGGUCUUAGAUUUGCCGGAAAGGGUUCAUGAUGAGGCCGUUCGGUAUUUUGAAGAGUUUCUUUCUCAUGAUGGAAUGGGUUCAUUGCCCAAUCUGGACUUUUUGUUUCAGCAAGCUUUAACGACUAGCGAGUUCAGUUGGAAUAUUGUGAGUGAUGAUGUUAUGGAGGCAGUGAGGGAGUUCUUUAUGAGCAAUGAACUUCUUAGAUUUUAUUCAUCUUUGUUCAUUGUUCUUAUUCCAAAGGUGAAGAAUCUGCAAAGUUUUGAUAAAUUUAGGCCGAUAAGCCUUUGUAAGGGUUCGCUUUGUGAAGAGGUGGAAGAAAUUGAAGAUCUGAAUGUUAAACUUCGAGAUUUAGUUGUGAAUGAACGGUGGGAUGUGGAUAGACUUGAGUUGCUAUUGGGGGCGCAGAAGAUGGAGCAAGUUGGGUCCUCAAGGAAUGCUAAAGAUAUCUUGCUAUGGUUACCGGAAAAAAAUGGCCUGUUCUCGACAAAGUCAGCGUGGAAUUUUAUUAGACUUAGAAUGCCGAAAUUUGAUUGGGAAAAGUGGAUAUGGAAUAGUUUGUUGCCGAAAAAGAUAUCUAUUUGCUUGUGGAAAGCGACUUUUAGUUGCUUUAGUGUAGAUGAGCAGGUGAGAUUUUCUAACGUCAAGACGUUGUUUUUUGCUGACUUACGAGUUCUACAACGUAUGGACCUCUCAAUUGUGAAGGAGAGAUCGUUGAAGGUUCAGAACUUGUUCAAUGUGGUAUCUCUGCAAUUUUUGGGACCAGUUGAUGGAUUUGUUGGUUGA